UUGAGACUUAUAGAUUGGGGUUUAGCAGAAUUCUAUCACCCAGGAACCGAAUAUAAUGUACGCGUUGCGUCUAGAUAUUUUAAAGGGCCAGAAUUAUUAGUUGAUUUUCAGGAAUAUGAUUAUUCCCUUGACAUGUGGAGUUUGGGUUGCAUGUUUGCCAGUAUGAUUUUUCGCAAAGAGCCUUUUUUUCACGGACAUGAUAACUAUGAUCAAUUGGUAAAAAUUGCUAGAGUACUUGGCACAGAUGAGCUUUUUGCAUAUCUUGAUAAGUAUGACAUAGAAUUGGAUACUCAAUACGAUGAUAUUUUGGGAAGAUAUCCACGGAAACAAUGGAAUAAAUUUAUUACUAGCGAAAACCAAAAAUUUGUUUCCAAGGAAGCUAUUGAUUUUCUUGACAAACUAUUGCGAUAUGAUCAUCAGGAACGACUGACGCCUCAAGAAGCUAUGGAACAUCCUUAUUUUG